AAGACGCUAUAAAAGACCGAGGCCGAAUAGACGUGCCGACGAGUUUGAUAUCGCGGACGGAGCUGGUGAAUUAUUUUCGCGAGAUGCGAGGUCCCAUCGAAUUAAUCGUAGUGCUGUCCGUCGUGCUCGUCUCGACGAUCAUCAUCGAAGCGCAUCCCUUGGCCGAUCUGAUCGAGCAACAGAAUGUGGAGGAAGCGCAAGGGAGGACAGCCGUGGGGAAGCAGGCUGACUCGUCCUCCAGCCAAGAAGAUAGCAGCAGCGAGGAAAAAAGGGCGAAGGAUAAGGCUAAGAGGGAGACUGGCGACGUCGUACAGAUUUUAACGGAGGAAGGAGAAGAAGGAACCUUGCCCGCUAGGUUGGAGCGAUCGGCCAAGAAGAAAUGCAACAAGGACGACGACGACGACGACGACAGCAGCAGCAGCAGUAGCAGCAGUAGCAGCAGCAGUAGCAGCAGUUCCAGCGAUGACGACGACGAUAAGAAGAGGUCGAAGAAGAAGAAGAAGAAGAACGACAACGACGACGACGACGACGACGACGAUAGCGACGAUAGCGACGACGAUGAUUGCAAGAGGCGCAAAAAGUCGAGGAGGAAGGGCGGUUGCAACCGAGACAGCGAUGACGAUGACAGCGAUGACAAUGAUUGCAAGAGACGCAAGAAGUCGAGGAAGAAGGGCGGUUGCAACCGAGACAGCGAUGACGAUGACAGCGAUGACAAUGAUUGCGGGAGACGCAAGAAGAAGAAGAGGGGCGACUGCAAUGGCAACGAUGACGACGAUGACAACGAUAACAACGAUGGCAACCAUAGCAACGAUGGCAACCAUAGCAACGAUGGCAACCAUAGCAACGAUAAAAACGAUAACAACGAUAACAAUGGGAGCGACGAUGAUUGCAAAAAUAGAAUAUGCACAAGAAAGUACAAGAGAGAUGUUGAUGGACAGGACAAUGAUUCAGCGAGCAAAUCCUCUUCCGAAGAGAAGAAUAACCCCGAUAAAAAAAGACAAAAGAAAUCAAAUAAUAGUGAUCUCUUUAACUUCGUAGAAAGCGAUUUUCAUACUUUAUUUAGGACACGAGAAAAUUGAAGAGGGUUGGAAGAAACGGAAAAGAAGAAACACGCGAAAACGCGGACGAACGUCGUAAUUUACGAGGGGAAAAAUGCAGCGAGUGCCGCAAUAUGUAUUCUGUUUAUUACGAAUUGCUCGUUCGUAGAUAACGCAAAUUUAAAAAAAAAAAAAAAAAAAUAAAUAAAAUAGAAUAAAAUAUGUUGCAUCACUUAUUUCAUCAUAGAUAAUGUGUAUCGCAUCAUUCUUUUUCUGUAUAUUCUAUCAAUAUAUAUGUAUAUAUUUAUGACUUA